CUCCCGCGUCACUCCUGGCGGAAGCCCCGCCCGCCGGGGCCCUGUCCGUCACGUCCGCCCGCUCGUCUCGGCAGCUCCAAUAUGGCGGCGCCCUGUGGCUCCUCACAGCUCCCGGCCGCGGAGUCGCCGCUGAAGAUCCCCAAGAUGGAGGUACUGUCUCCCGGCUCGCCAGGGGCGCUGAGCGACGGCAACCCCAGCCUCUCUGACCCUUCCACGCCCAGCGGCGCCUCCCCGCUGGGCCCCGCCGGCCCUGGUUCAGUCGCCGCGGCUACCUCGACGGGGGCCGGGGCUGGCCACGGGGGCGGGGGUCGCGGCGGGGCCUCGCCGUCCGUCUCCUUCUCUCCCGGCGGCACCGCCUCGGCGGCCGCCUGCCGAGGCAUGUCGUGGACGCCGGCCGAGACCAACGCGUUGAUCGCCGUGUGGGGCAACGAGCGGCUGGUGGAGGCGCGCUACCAGCAACUGGAGGGCGCCGGCACCGUCUUCGGCAGCAAGGCCCCGGGGCCCGCCAUGUACGAGCGCGUUUCCCGCGCCCUGGCCGAGCUGGGCUACGAGCGGACCCCGUCCCAGUGCCGCGAGCGCAUCAAGACCCUGCGCAGGUGUUACAGCCGAGUGAAAGAGCAUGGAGUUGGCAAAAGGAAAAGCAGUUACACUUUUGAACAGUUGGAACAGGUGUUUGGGCAAGGAGGAUGGGACUCUCAACCCUGCCAGCCUGUACUUAUCAACAGUAGUGGUCUGUAUCAAGAACUGGAGUCGGAUGGUAGCACAAUGGAGGAGUACUCGCAAGACGAAUGGGGGAACCACAGCCAGGAUCUCCAUUGCUACCAAUCAGGAGAUCCCGACUUGGAUGAAAUGCCAACAACCAAGAAAUCGUUGAAGAUAAAGCAGGAAUCUUCUGAGGAUUCGCAGAGGAGUCCAGAAAAGCAGAGUCCCAGUGCCUGCACUGAGCUUCAAGAAGGCAGUGGAGAAAUCAGAUGGCACACACCGCAGCUGAACCGAAGGCUAACUCAGAAGUACUGGGCACGGAGUGUUGGGAAGCGUGACGUGAUGCAGAAUAUUGUACAGAUCUUGGAAUCCGUCCAAUUAAAAUGGGAGCUGUUUCAGAGCUGGACAGACUUCUCUAGGCUCCAUCUUUCGAACAAACUGGCCAUUUUUGGCAUUGGAUAUAACACACGGUGGAAGGAGGAUAUCCGCUAUCACUACGCUGAGAUCAGUUCCCAGGUCCCUCUUGGCAAGCGGCUCCGAGAAUACUUCAACUCAGAGAAGCCAGAGGGCAGGAUCAUCAUGACCAGGGUACAGAAAAUGAACUGGAAGAAUGUUUACUACAAAUUUCUAGAGAUUACAAUUAGUGAAGCCAGGUGCCUGGAGCUGCACAUGGAGAUUGACUGGAUACCUAUUGCUCACUCCAAACCGACUGGUGGGAAUAUCGUCCAGUAUUUAUUACCAGGGGGAAUUCCUAAGAGUCCUGGCUUGUAUGCCAUAGGUUACGAAGAAUGUCACAGGAAACCGCAGUCUCCUGAUCACGAAUGCAGCGGCCAAGACAUUGAGAACGAGACUCUGGGGGAUGCAGAAAUGCCUCUGUCUCAAGCCCCUCUCAAAGUGGAUAUGUCGUCCACCCGAAUCACAUAUUGUUUCCUCGGCAUCGCUGAGGUCAGAACUCUGCAGCAGUGUCUAUUCUUGCAUUUUCAGGCAAACACCAAAACCUUCAGCAAAGAAUGGGUGGGAAUCAAUGGUUUUUUAUCUCAGAACUGCAUUGUGGAUCCCGGGAUUUCGCCCAAAUCCAUCUACAUCAAAUUUGUGGAAGUGGAGAGGGACUUCCUUUCUGCGGGAUCUUUGGUAGAGUGCCUGGAAAAAGCCAUCGGAUACCCAUUGAAAUUUAACAACUGAAACCUCAUCCUUCAUAAGGAUCAUCGGGGCGUUGUCUCUUGUGCAGCGUUUGGACACUUUAUGGAAUCUUGCAGUACCCAUCUGGGUGAAGGAAGCCUUUUUGUGUGAAACUGAACUCGAGGGGGGCAUGGCGCACACAUGCACACUCACACACAUGCAAGCGAUUCACAAAAAGUGUAUCCCAAAUGAGUAACGUAUACAGCUUACUUGUUUGGGCCACCCAGCUGGCGUUGUAAAGAAAAGAUUCUGAAAGGGACCCCUGUAAAUAAAGUUGACUGUUGGUACAUUCCACAUUGGACAAACGUACACUUUGCGUUUCAUAUGAAAAAAAAAGCUGUUUUCCACAAUGUCUCAUUUUUACACAUCUGUCUCUAUAUAAGUGUUAUUACAGUUAUGUAAUAAAUAAGCAAUAGAUAAUGGCGCGUUUAAACUUGGAGUCACAUGAGACUGUUUUUCAGUGCCACCGUUAGCUCCUCUUGUAUAUAAUUUAGCAUUUUCAUGUUUUUUCACCCAUCAUGUGUUUUGCUAUUCCAACCAGUGUUGCCUGCAAAAACUUCUGUUUCUGUGAUGUAUCCCACUUAACUAGUAGUAUUGCCAUAUCAGCAUUUUUUAUGUUCAAAUAAUCCCUGGCCUUUUUUUAUGUUAUUUUAAGUUAGCUUCUUUUGUGUGGCAGUGAAAGUAACUCAACUGCUGGGAAGCAUUUUGGCAAACCAUGCUUUAUCAAAUACAAUCAAAGCUGUGAGA